AUGAACGAAUGUUUCAUUUAUUCAGCGAUGUUUGAUACCCCAUCCUUACUCGAAUACUUCCUUUCACAUGGUGCGAAUAUCAAUGAAAAAGAUAAUAAUGGAAAAACCGCAUUUUAUUUUGCAGCAAAACAUAAUAGUAAAGAAACUGCAGAAUUUCUUAUUUCACAUGGUGCGAAUAUCAAUGAAAAAGAUAUUUUGGGAGAAACCACACUUCAUAUUGCAGCAAAACAUAAUAGUAAAGCAACUGCAGAAUUUCUUAUUUCACAUGGUGCUAAUGUCAAUGAGAAAGAUAAUAAUGGACAAACCGCACUUCAUAUUGCAGUAAAAAAUAAUUAUAUAGAAACUGCAGAAUUUCUUAUUUCUCAUGGUGCGAAUAUCAAUGAAAAAGAUAAUAAUGGACAAACCGCAAUUCAUAUUGCAGCAGAAAAUAAUAGUAAAGAAACUGCAGAAUUUCUUAUUUCACAUGGUGCGAAUAUCAAUGAAAAAGAUAUUUUGGGAGAAACCACACUUCAUAUUGCAGCAAAACAUAAUAGUAAAGCAACUGCAGAAUUUCUUAUUUCACAUGGUGCUAAUGUCAAUGAGAAAGAUAAUAAUGGACAAACCGCACUUCAUAUUGCAGUAUGGCAUUCCAAACGGGAACCGCGGUUGGUUACCAUGGAUUUCCGUCACCGGUCACAUUUUAAAGAUUUUUAA